UAGUGGUUCUGAAAGAGGAUGCGUCUCUUGUUGCAGACGGUGUGAUGUGCAGACAUUUCAAUGAAUGAACGGUCGGCUGACUGCGAAAAGGGGGAAUAGCAGGAGGAUAUUCCUGUGGGACCGAAGCGCCUCCCCUUUAAUCGCUCGGUUGAGUUUGUCUCGGAGCUGUAGUCGCUUCACUCGCACGUUUGCAGUCAGUCGUCACUCAGAGCUGCUGUUUUGUUCCAGAAAAGCUGCUCUGCCCUUUUUUUUCUCCCUCGUCCUUUUGGGAAAUUUAAAUUAAAAAAAAAAAAAAAAGAUAAACGCGCAAAGUGGAGGGUUUUGUCGCUUCUUUGUGCCGUUUUUAUUGCGAUCGAGAUGAAGAAACGCGGAGUAAAGCAUCCAAAGUGGCUGAAGGACUGAACAGGGUCGCCUCCUGCUCUCACUCCACCACACAGCCGCCACCUUUGGAAGCAGAGCUGCGAUGGCCAAGUGGCUGAAGGACUACCUGAGCUUUGGCAGCAGGAAGGUGCCUCCACAGCCGCCCACACCAGACUACACAGAGAGCGAGAUCCUCAAAGCCUACAGGCUGCAGAGGGACCUGGACUUUGAGGAUCCCUACGAGGAUUCAGAGAACAGAUCCAGGGGCGAGUCCGGGACUUCUGACCCCGCCACACCCGUGUACGGGUCUCCCAUGAAGACGGCCAGCGUGGACGUGAAAUCUCCCAAACACAGACUGAUCAAAGUGGACUCCCAGGAUCUGGGGCGCACCAAGAUCCUCCUCAGUGCCAUCUCUAUAGAGGACCAGCAAGAGCCUGUGGUGCCGUCUGCUCCGUUGGCGGGCGACACAGAUUAUUCAGACCCUUUCGACGCUCGCUUGGACCACAGGCCGGAACCAGAUCUCGGACCUGUUCCCUGCGAGAACAAUGGCUACAUGGAGCCGUAUGAGGCCCAGAGGGUCAUAACAGAGCUCCAGCGUGGCCCAGGAGGAGGACGGCUGCGGGGCGGCGUGCAGCUCUACGACACCCCCUACGAAGACGAGCGAGGCCAGCGCCUGGGACUGGUGUACGGAGAACCUCAGGAGGAGGGCAAGGAGAGCAGCAGGCUGCCGCAGGAUGACGAGAGGCCGGCCGAUGAGUACGACCAACCCUGGGAAUGGAAAAAGGAUCACAUCUCCAAAGCUUUUGCAGACAUGAGGGAGUUGUCGGAGUUGCCCUGGCCUGCCCCGGUGGGUCAGCUGGAGGAGGAGCACCUCAUCAGAGAGCAAGUGCAGUUUGAUGGCGCAGAGUGGGACCGCUCCUCGUCGCCCACAGAGCGGCUCCGUCCUCCGGGCCCCAGGUCCAGCCCGCUCGCUGGAGGGGGGAUGAAGUUUCGGAUGCCGCAGGAAUGCCUCAACAUGGUGGGGGAGAGAGUGGACCCCACUCUGCCUCUGGAGAAGCAGGUAUGGUACCAUGGUUCGCUGUCACGCUCGGAGGCAGAGUCGCUGUUAACGCUGUGUAAAGAGUGUAGCUACCUGGUGAGGAACAGUCAGACCAAUCGCUCCGACUACUCGCUGUCCCUACGGAGCUGCCAGGGUUUCAUGCACAUGAAGUUCACCCAGUGCAAAGACGGCAAGUACGUGCUGGGACAGAACAGCCCUCCCUUCGACACCAUACCGGAAGUCAUCCACUUCUACACAACACACAAACUCCCGAUCCGAGGCGCCGAGCACCUCUCCCUGCUGUUCCCCGUGCUGGUGCAGACGCUCUGACUGACGCGGAUGCUCGUGGAUUUUAUCAUGAUCGGACAUAUAAAACUUGAAUGUUUGAUGGGAUCGUCAGCAAAGUGCCGGUCCUCCCUUCUUGUUGGACUGGACAGCUUCCGAUGAUUCAACACAUCACCCACCACUGCUGUUGUACCUGUGCCAAGUGUCUCUAACAUCCGGGGGAUCGAUUCACAUUAAAUGCAAUACCUGAACUUUCAGCCACCUUUGCUGUAACUCGUCUCUCUCAUCCCCUCGCUGGGGCAGACUUCAGGACACCUGAAAUUCUCCCUUUCCUUAUUACAUAUCUUUCACAGCCGACUGAAAUGCAGAGGAAGUUAGCAGAGCUGUAACUGGACAAAAGUCUGUAUAUUCUGAAUGAACUGAUGGCCAGGUUUACAGAAAACCUGCAGAAGAUUUAAUCACUGCUGUUCCACAAAAAAUAAACCUCACUGAUACUGGUAGAAAAAAAAGAAAAUAUUGCUGAUGUUAGGUGAAAAAACCUGACAAGUCAUAUUUUUCAUGCUACAUAGUUUUCAUGUUUAUACCGGAAUCAAAAAUAAGAAAAGAAACCUUUUUCAUCCUCAGGUUUGGGGAAAACCUUUUUGUAAAUGGUGGUGAGUUAACACUUUCCAUUCAAAAAACAAGAAAGAAUGCUAUUUUCAAAGAUAAAAAGGUUUUUACCAACAGCAGUGAUGCUUUUCUACACAAAUCCACACCCGUUAGUUUAAACCCAGUCUGUUGUGCACUAUCAUGCUGCUGUACAUUGAGGAUUUGCUUGACACAUCUCCAUGUUACUUGUUGAUUGUUCGUUGUAUAACAACCGAGAAGUUGUGUUGUAUCGGUACUUGUGUUGACCUUGCUGACCUGUAUCUCUUGACUGGUUGCCUACAUUUGUUAGACAAUGCUGGGUUUGUAAAAAGCCACUUGUCACUGCUGUCAUCGUCUUUUCACUGAGCUGGAGGCUACAUCUGAAGCAAAGAGACGCUAAUCAGGAAACUUUGUGACUCUUGGCCACAUUCUCACACUUCCUACGUAUUUUCCGGCCGGCCAAGUCCCUACAUGCCGGUGAGUGAGAUGUAUUUGAGUUAAAUGCUUGCCAUCUGGAACGGGUUCCCCAUGUCUGCUGCCUGGUUGCAGCGUCGUGUGGCAAAAACUGAUUUCAGAGAGCCAACUUCUGGCAGUGGAGAUGACGAAUCGAAGAAUUAUUUAAGUCAUUUUUUCUUCAUCCGAAAGUCUUUACGGACUGGGCUGUAUUAAUUGUUACUUCUGUCACGAGUAAAAAGAUGACGGGAUGUAUAAUUUA